UUCUGUCAAGCAGACGUCUUUGACAGAAGUGCUUCUUCAUCGCUUCGUAGACGUAACUGCUAUCGUUUUAUUUUGUGUUUUCCCUUGAAAUGAAUGACACAAAAUGACGGCAAGCUUGAAAAGACCCAGGAGCCCAAAUGCAGAGUGUGAAGACUGCUUGCCAAUUUCGAAGAGGAUUAACAGACUUCAAAUAGAGUCUGGUCAGCAAUCAUUCAGUCAUGACUGCUGUGAUCAAAUGAACAAUAACAUAGGAAGACCUAAUGGAAAUGUUCACCCAGACAACAUCAUCACACAGUGUCGCAAACUUCGCAUUAACUCUGACCCUGUUAAUCCAAGUCAUCUCAGAAACAGUGCAGAGUUUCCUGGAUGUUCUGGGUGUAGUCAGUCUAUGGUAGAGAGCCAGUCUAUGAACAAACUGCCCUUUGACAUGAGUGAGGGUUAUAACCCUGAACUAAGGGAAAAAGAAAAUCCUAUCUAUUUCCAAAUUAAUCAAGUGCUUUUUGAUGCUCACAAGGAGAGGGCAGAGAGGUCACAGACAAAGUUUCCAGAUUAGUGUUUGGAAGUGGAAUGAAGGGUUGAAUGAAUUAGAUAUGUGAAGCUUGGGACAUGCUGAAUGUGUACCUGAUGCGUAAAAGUAACAUGACACUAGCGUGUCACGGUUUGCUCACUUAAAUGAAGGAUGUAUCGUUAUGUCUAGAGCUUUUAUGUUUAUAAUAACAAUGUAGUGUGAUUAUACAGUACCUAUCUUUGCCAAGGUGAAAAUUACGCUUCCUUGCUUACACUUACAUUUUAGGUCGACCAAGUCACUCAUCUGACCUAUAACUGCUGUAAUUGCCAUUUGUCCAUCAUUGUGGGUCGCUUCUCAUGACUUCUCAAUUUUUAAAAAGCAUUUUAUCAGAAACUGUCAAUUUGAUGAGACUUGCUGGUAUCAUUAUCUUGUGGUGGGAAUCACAAUUUAUACUCAAGAAGGGGUUAUAAGGGGUCGUUAUAUAACUGGUAGGUUUAGAUAAAUUUUGUAUGAAAUCAUUCUUUGAUCACUAUGCCCGCAUUGGGGGAAACUUAUCAUACAGGGCUCUUACUUACACAAAGUUGAAGUUAAGUCAACAGUAUAUUUUUCAAUGUGUUCCUUAGUUCCUAUAUUGAUACCUGUUUUUGGUAACUCCUAACCAGUACUGUUUGUCAUGUUACUAACCCCCCUCUUCAUUUAUACCUAUCCUAUUUAUUUGGGAGUUGAGUACAAAAACAAUGAAUACUUGUUUGGCUUUAUACAAUGUUCAUGUACUUACAUUUCUAAAGCCUAGAGUCAGAUAUUUUUGAAAGCUUGUAUGUAGUAAUUUUGAUUAUGAACAUAUGGUAUGCAAGCAAAAGAUGUAUUUAAAUGUGGAAGUUGAAUGGGAAUGUGGAGAAUAUAUCUUGAAAUUAAUAAACAAUAUAUUACCUGG